AUGCCCUUUGGCCUAAGAAACGCCCCAUUGAGUUUUGCACGAUUAAUGUCCCUUGUCAUGAGUGGUCUUGUUGGAAUCUCCCCUAAUGAUGAUAAGGUAAAGAGCAUAAGUAACUUCCCCGUCCCUAAGGAUCAACAUCAGAUUAAGAGCUUCUUUGGUUUAGCAGGGUUUUAUAGACCCUCCAUACCCCAUUUUGGUUCCAUUGCAAGCCCUCUUUCCCGGCUACUUAAAAGAGACUCCAAUUUUGUUUGGGGCAAGGAGCAGGACUUUGCAUUUCAAUCCCUCAAAUCUAGGUUAAUUAAGUCGCCGGUAUUGGCUUUUCCAGAUUUUUCCAAGCCCUUCAUUUUAGCAACUGACGCCUCUAACGUUGGCAUUGGCUCCGCACUUAUGCAAGAAUUCGAGGGAAAGCUAAAGCCCAUUGCUUUUGCAAGCUAUGAUAUAGAAGUAAGAACGGACCAUCAGCCACUGACCCAUAUCAUGUCUUGCAAGGACCCCCAUGGUAGAUUGGCCAGGCAUUUGGAUACCUUGCUAGAGUUCAACCCCUCAAUUGUGUAUACCCCUAGCCCUUGCAAUAAGGAUGCAGACGCCUUAUCUCGAGCACUUGUAUACUCCCUGUUCUCUGAUAACUGCCCACCCCUAGAUGCUCUAGAUAUUAAUGACAUAAAAGAAAAGCAGAGAAGUGACAGCUUGUAUAAGGACAUCAUCAAAAGUCUAGAAGCUAACCCAAGUACCCCUUUACCCCCAACCAUCUUCCGGUUAUCCCAGAGAGUUUUCCGACAUGUUAAGAGUUGUCGUGUCUGCCCAUUAUACAAGGGCUCAACCCAUCAGCCUGCCCCUGCAUUGUUGUAUGAUAUCCCUGACUUCCCAUUCCAGAAGGUAUCUUGCGAUACCCUUUCAGGAUUUAUACCAAGCCCCAGGGGCAACAGAUACCAGUCCCCCCAGCAGCUCAGCAGCGAUAAUGGAACAGAAUUCUGUAAUAAGAUCCUCUCACAGUUAUGUAGCUUAAUGAAUGUCAAAAAGGUUAAUAUCCUCCCAUACCGACCUCAGGCCAAUGGUAUCACAGAGAGACUGAACAAGACCAUCUUAAACUUAAUGAGAACUAUGAUUACUGACCAUGAUGAUGAGUGGGACCUCUAUUUACCCAUUGUACAAUCAGCUAUUAACUGCAAUUAUCAUUCCUCACUCGGUGACAUACCCCAUUUCCUGCUAUUCGGUAUGGACAAAAGACUCCCUUACGAGCUCUUGGAUGCGAAGCCAGACCCCAACUAUGAUGACAACUAUGCCAAGACACUACUUAUCAGGCAGCAAAAAGCCUUUACGUUAGCCAAGGAAAAGCUAACUUUAUCCAGGGACAAAAUAAUCGCAAACCAACAUAAGAUAGCAAGGUUUAAGGCAAUUGAUGUGGGUGCACUAGUCUUUAGGAGCAUAAAAUCCACUAACUUUCCUAUGCCCAAGUUAUCCCCUAUCUUCGAUGGGCCCUACAGUGUCGCAAUAACAAGGCACUUUGCAGGAGUUUAA